AUGACCGACACAAUUCAAUUCAACGAAUUCUACAAUAUCAUCUCCAAUGAGAAGCGCUCUGCUGAGCAAGUGCAUCACGGCAUCGAUCCCGCCACCGAAGAGACUCUCUGGCCCGUCCCAGUAGCCAGUCAACAGGAUCUAGACGAGGCUGUAGCUAGCGCUAGACUUGCUUUUACAGAGUGGUCUGCGCGAGAUCAUGCCGCGCGAGUCCAAUGUCUUGGUGCACUGGCUGAUAAAUUGGAAGCGCAUGCAAGCGAGCUGACUACGCUCCUCCACAGAGAAACUGGAAAGCCAUUGGAAUUUGCCAAGGGAGAAAUUUUGGGAGGAAUUGCUACCCUCCGAAGUCACUUAGCAUGGUCAGUUCCGGACGAAGUACAAAAGGACGACCACGAGGUUAAGGUUGUUAUUCAACAUGCACCACUCGGAGCCGUGGCUGGAAUUGUACCUUGGAACUUUCCCUUUCAGCUCUCCAUUAUCAAGAUUGCUCCAGCCCUCGCUGUCGGCUGUACCCUGAUCUUGAAGCCUUCUCCUUUCACACCGUAUACAGCUCUUAAGAUUGGCGAGAUUGCUGCCCAGGUUCUCCCUCCUGGCGUGCUGCAGAUUCUUGGAGGCGAUGACAACCUCGGUCCUUGGAUGACGCAGCACCCAGGCAUCGACAAGGUUUCCUUUACUGGUUCCAUCGCCACAGGUAAACGGGUAGUAGCAGCCACUUCUGAAACACUGAAGAAGGUCAAUCUUGAACUUGGAGGAAACGAUGCGGCGAUCGUGACGGCCGACUUUGACCCGGCUGAGGCGGCAGCCAUGGUCGCUCGAAGCACCUUUGCGCAUUCCGGACAAAUCUGCAUUGCGACCAAGCGCAUUUAUGUUCAUGAAUCGGUGCUGGACGAGUUUAUGGGGCACUUUACAGCGAUUGUGCGAGGCUACAAGCAAGGUGAAGGUUUCUGUAGCCCGAUCCAAAACAGGAUGCAGUAUGAAAAAGUCAAGUCUCUCUACCAAUACUGCAAAGAAAACGGCUACCAAGUAGCCGUGGGAUCCUGCGACAGGGCAUGGAACGACUCAGAGCCUGGUUUCUACAUGGAACCAGCGGUCAUUCUGAACCCGCCCGACAACUCACGUGUUGUUCAGGAGGAGGCCUUUGGACCCAUUGUGCCCGUCAUGAGUUGGAAGGACGAGGAAGACGUGGUACGCCGUGCCAAUGAUACUCUUACUGGUCUUGGCGGCACCGUCUUCUGCCGGGACCAGCAGCGUGCGUGGAAACUCGCCAGUAGUCUCACGACUGGCAAUGUCUGGGUCAACAGCGGGCUAAAGAUGGAUCCAGUUGCGCUGUUUGGCGCCCAGAAGCAGAGUGGUAUUGGUUGUGCACUGGGGCCGCUUGGGCUCAAGGCGUUUACCACUACGAGAACCAUCACGUACUGGAAAGACGUUGCGCCAAUUGAGAAGGGGCAGACCAAGGCUGGUGGUCUGUUUGGCUGA